AAACUACGUCACACACAUGCACCCUUAUUCCAAGAUGGCAGCCCCCAGUGCGUAUGGAAUUCCUAGAUUACCAGGAUUUGUAUUCACUGAGAAACUCGGCAGUGGUACCUAUGCUACAGUUUACAAGGCAUAUCGAAAGAGUCAACAAAGGGAAGUGGUGGCAAUCAAAUGUGUAUCCAAGAAGAGCCUCAACAAAAUAUCAACAGAAAAUCUACUCCAAGAGAUUGAAAUCUUGAAGAAGAUUAAACAUGAAUACAUCGUGGAACUCAAGGAUUUCCAGUGGGAUCAGCAUUACAUCUACUUGAUAAUGGAGUUCUGCAGCGGAGGAGACCUGUCCCAGACCAUCCAUAAAAGAAUAGCUCUUCCAGAGGCUACUGUCAAAAGAUUUCUCAGACAGCUAGCCAGUGCCCUCCAGUUCCUUAACUCAAGAAGCAUCACACACAUGGACCUCAAACCUCAGAACCUUCUCUUAUCAAAUUCUUACAACCCAGUACUAAAGAUGGCAGAUUUUGGUUUUGCUCAGCAUAUCACAGAGGACGUACAGACAGACAUGCUGCGUGGAUCACCCCUCUAUAUGGCCCCUGAGAUCAUAACAGACAGGAUUUACAAUGCAAAGGCCGACCUCUGGUCAGUCGGGGUCAUAAUGUUUGAAUGUCUUUUCGGUGGUCCACCCCUUGCUUCAAGUUCCUAUGCCCAGCUAGCUGAAAAGAUUAGAAGUCCUAAACCUAUUGAGAUUCCUACGUUCGUUGAAACGUCUGAUUGCUGUAGAGAUCUCCUAUCAAGACUUCUGAAAAGAGAUCCAGGAGAGAGGAUAGACUUUGAUGAAUUCUUCCACCAUCCCUUCAUCGAUCUGGAACACAUGCCAUGCCAAGAUUCACUUGAUAAAGCUAGAACAAAUGUAAUGGAUGCUGUGAAAUCUGAUCAGAAAGGAGAAUGGAAAGAAGCAAUCAGGCUUUAUCUCAAAGCCAUGGAGUAUUUCAUCCCUGCUGUCCAAUAUGAGCAAGAUCCCACCAAGAAAGAAGCUCUAAGAACGAAAGCCAGUGAGUACAUGAGGAGAGCCGAAGAGUUGAAGGGAUUAUUAAAACCAAAGAAGACAUCUUUGAACGACUCCAUCCAGAGUGACGCUGAGCAAGCAUGCAGUUCUUCCACCGAAUCAGGGCCAGUGUAUGAUAUCCAUCUGUUAGAUAAAAUGGCUAAUGGUAACCCAGAAAUGAAAGUUGCUGUGAAACUUGUCAAAGAUGCAAUAAGAGAGGACAUCGGUGAAGAAUAUCAGAUUGCACUUGACCUCUAUGAACAAGCUCUCGCUCACCUAAUGCCAUUAUUACAAGUGGAACAAAAGGGAAAACGGAGAGAUCUACUGUUGAAGGAGACAGAGAAAUGCAUGAGCAGAGCCGAGGAUUUAAAGCAGUAUAUUGAGAUUGAAAAGAUGAAACCGAUGAGACAAUCUUCAUUGGACAGACACAUACAAGGCAAUGACCAUAGCAAGGAAUGUAAGUCGUUCAAUUAUUUCAGUUUCAUUCCAUUUGAUGCCAAUACCCUUUUCAGGUUAGAUAAUGUCAUUAGUGACUGACUAGCCACCCUGAAACCAACGGUAAGUUGCCCAAAAUGUAGUUUUAUAUUCUUAUUGAACGUGAAAAAGUUUUCAAGAUUUUUUUCGGUGCGGCACAGCAACGGCAAACAAUCUGUCCCCAGACGAAGUAGCAGUUUUUAGUCUAGCCCACAGAGUAGCAUUGCGGCCUGAAAGCACAGUCUAUUAAAGUUUAACAUUAUAAUUUUAUAUGUGACUUGGUUGGCAGCUGAGGUCACAUAAAGAAUGUGUCAUUUACAAUGCCUAGACGUGCUUGAAAGCUUGUAUUAUUUCAGACUAUGUUCAUUGUCUAUUGUUAGCCAUAAUGCCAAACAAUACACUCAUAGAAAAAUUAUAAAUAAAAGCUUCCUACAUGAAUGGCAAGUAUUAAAAAGAAAUAUCUGUAAUGACUGCUGGGAAUAUCUCAGAUAUGGCGAUUCAUGGAUACAGCAGAGGAGCUAGUUCCAGAGACAUGGUUCCGCAGCAGCAAAUGAUGUGGUCCUGGGUUUGGUCUUGCCAACAGAGUGGCAUCAUUGCCUAUUAAAGCGCAGUCUACACCUUUCGGUACUUUUACAGAGAUUAGGUCCUGUUCCACUUAGCUCCACAAAGAGACUGAAGGCUUGCUUCGUAAUAUGCCAUUGUGUCAUGAGGAUCUGAUACAAACAACAAAACAAAUGAAUGUUAAUGUACAUGAUG